ACUUUGCCUCUCUCCCUCCUCCUAUCUUUCUCAAGUCGAUAUAUAUCGUAAACCCUAGUGAAGUCCUCACAUCUUAUAUAUAUCUAGAUAGCCAUUUCUUUAGCUCUUCCCAAAACUUGGCAAUGAGAUCUACCAUGAAGUCUAGUACCCAAUUCAAACUUGAUCACCCUCCGAGGCAAGAGGAGGGAAGCUUAAAAUUUGAACUUCUCCCUUCUCAAGCCGAUCUCUCAUUGGCAAACCAUGGCCUCGAACUCAGCCUAGGCAUCACUAGUUCUACUACUGCUUCAGGCACAACUACAACCAGCAGCAAAGCUACUUGCAAGACAUGGGCGAUCUCCCCGUUACCUGAAACACUACUCCACAAUGGAUUCAUUCAUCCAUGGAGCCUUGCCGCUCGCCAACACAAGGCAGUCUUGGAGCAAUUAGCCCACCGAAAGCACGACCGCACUACGACCAGUUCUCCACCCUCAUCGUCGUCGUCUUCCCUCUUACCAAGGGUUGAUGGAUCAUUGUUGCUUCCGGUUGUCGGUUGGCCGCCGGUAAAAGCUCAUCGAAAGAACAAUGUAGACACUCUAAACCUGUGGAAGUUUGAUCAUGAGAUGAAAGAAAGCAAAAGUGACCCGAAAAGACUGAAGUUGAAGGAGAUGAAUGACAAGGCUCAAUCAGUGUUUGUGAAAGUGAAGAUGGAAGGAUACAGUGUCGGUCGAAAGGUCAACAUUAAGGCUCACGAUGGCUAUCGAUCGCUUUUGCGUGCCCUCAGUAAAUUGUUUCAUAACUUCCUCUCUGUCAAUUAUUCAAAAAAGUUUGAGGAUCAAAGUGAAGAGGAUUUCAGUGAUGACUUCAUUCUUCUCUACGAGGAUAAUGAGGGGGAUCAGAUGCUUGUUGGUGAUAUCCCUUGGGAGUUGUUUAUCACUUCAGUUAAAAAACUUUUUAUUGUUCAAAAUUCAAACAAGGCAGUUCAUGCAGGAGAGCCAAAGGAACCCACUUGAAGCAACUGUUGAUGAUCGUACUGAUCUAUAUGGAGUUUGCAAAGAGGUUUUGAUGAAGACUGAUGGUCGAAAAUCAAUUUGUAUCGUUGGUUAAUCAAUGUUCAAAGUUAUCUGCGCUGCUUGUUCAAUUGUUUGAUCAAAUAAAAUUAGAUAGAAUGGAUAUACCUAUGAAGUGUAUCUAUUGUAGGCAUCAUUAGUUCUACUAAACAUCAUCUAUCAUAAACUUGAAAAGACAAGUAAAAAAAAAAAGUAAACACUGCAAGGUCGACAACGAGUAGAAACGUUUACCCUCAGUACACACCAAAGGAGAUAAGUUUACCCAGAAUAGGGAGAAGAAGCAACGCUUGUCCUCAGUACACACCAAAGUAAACUACAUUUGUUCACAAACAAGUGGAAAAAGGCACAAACCUGAUAAGCUCUAUUUGGCAUGUUACAAAGUCCAACUGCCAUUGUAAAAAAGAUAGGCUAAUGUCCAAGGCAAUAGUUUUCAUACUGAGUAUUUAGCACAGACAAAAUGAUCUACUCUGAGCAAUAGUUAACAAGGGAAUAGCCUGGAGCCGCUUGGCACAGAUGCCAAAAAGCUGAAAUCAUUUCCCA